AAUUCGUUGCUGUACAUUACACGUAAAUUCUCAAUGAAUAAAUAAGAGUAUCGAUUAUCUAUUGACCCAUAUCUGUUUGUAUACGCGUUCGUAUCCCACAAUUAGCAAUAAAGAUAUUCACAGAUUUUUCACUAUCACUGAAUUAACGAACUCUUUCAAAAUCAAAUCUUCUUUUCUUAAAACAACACACAAGACGUCAACGUUCUUCGACAGACUACAUACAUAUAUUAAUCUUCUACUUCCCUGUCGCCACAUCCAACUGCCACCCACCACUCAGCCCCACACGGUGAGUUUUAAAUCAUGCAUAACUGGUUGAUCGCAUGCAUUACGCAAAAUAUAAGGCGUACGAAUGAGGAUAGAGGACGAUUGGAAGAUCAAAGGCACGAUAUAUCGAUGCAAUUGCUUUCGAAACUUUUCGAUAAUUAAUAGACUGACUUCCCUAUAAAUUCCAAAUCGGUGUGUCUGAUCGUUUGAAAUUCAAUAUGAGCUUGAAAUAUCAUAAAGACGUUUCUUUCAGCGUAGCAGUUUUCUAUCUAAAGAUCGUCGGCUUGUGGUUAAGCACUAGCCUCGUUGAGAAAUGGUUCAGAAAUGCCUUAGUGACGUAUACUGUUCUCGCAAUUAUCUUUAGUAUGUGGAUACAAUUGAGGGGUCUUUAUUUCUCUUGGGGAGAUUUUAGCGUCAGCACUUAUAUCGCGUGCAAUAGUUUGGGACUAUUCAUGGAUCUAUUUAAAUUGUUAAUUAUAUUUAUACAUAAGAAAAAGUUUCUCUAUUUAAUCGUGUAUAUGCAGAAGAAUUUCUGGCAUUUCAACUACAAUCAAUAUGAAAAAUCGGUCCUAGCAGAUGCGAAACGAAUGUGCAUCUACUUCGUCUGCGUCUUCUCGUUUCUCUCUCAAUCUACUAUCUUUAGUUACAUCUUCAGACCACUAAUAUCAAAUAUCGGGAAGAACGAGUCAGAUAGGGUACCUAUAUUUCAUAUGUACUUGGACCUACCAUUGAAUGUCUCGCCAUAUUACGAAAUGACGUACUUGAUACAGGCUUUGACUUUGUAUCAGGUCGGCGUAUGUUAUCUUUGCGUCGACAAUAUAUUUUGCAUUAUGUGCUUACACGUAGCUAGUCAGUUUCGCAUAUUACAAUACAGAAUGGCCAAUGUGCUAAGCCUGAAAGACAAAGUUAAAUUUGAUCAAGAUACAAAUCUGGAUUUUUCGGGUGAAUUUUACGCCUUGUUUAGAAAAUGCAUUCAACAGCAUCAAGCUCUCAUUGGAUUCUGUACCUCGCUCGAAGAGAUAUUUACAGUAAUUAUACUCGGACAAGUGUUAACGUUUAGCAUAUUGAUUUGUUUCGUCGGAUAUCAAGCGCUUCUGGUGAAGCUGUCACUUUCAUGGCGCAUUUCUCUCGUAUCUUUCUUAACGACUAACAUAUGUCAGCUAUGGAUCUUCACGUACAGUUGUAAUGCCCUAGCACAAGAAAGCAUGAACACUGCUAAUGCUGCGUACGCCGCACCAUGGAUAUAUUUACCAAUGGACAAGUUUGGAAAAAUGGCACGAAAGGAUUUGCAACUCGUACUCAUGAGGUCGAGACGAGCCUGUUAUCUCACCGCCUGUGGCUUCUUUCCUAUAUCCCUGGAAACUUUCACCAAGAUUAUGAGCUCCGCAAUGUCAUAUUUCACUAUACUAAAACAGCGAACCGUGGAUACGAUAGAAUAAUUCCUCCAGUUUUCAUUUUAUACACGUACACGUUUAAGUAACGUUGAAAGCGAAAAAUUUGUUCGUUUUGAUUUAAAAACGUUAUUAUCGCAAAUCUAUGAAACCUUUAAAAUAUUAAGAUAAAUGGUUAGAAGAAAUUUGAUUAUAUAAAAUACGUAAAUUAUAAUGCGUCCACAGGAUUUGUAACAAGAUAGUAAUAAAGUUAAAUAGAAAGAACAA